ACGUUACAAACCCCUAUGAUUUCAUCAUAUUUUUCUUCCAGGCUGUUCCCAGUGUGUCCGAUUCCCUUUCCUCCGAGGGCAAUAUUGUAACUUCACAAUCGCCACCGGUGACAACCGCAAAGAAAAAAGUAGAUCUCAUCUGACAGUGUUCAAAAACCCUAAAAAUUCAAAUCAGUUGAUGAUCUUCAACCAACAAUGGGGGAUUUCAAUCUAGCGCUUGUGAUCGUAGCCAUAGUAGUUUGUGUGCUGGUCUUCGUCUUCAAUCUGUACCUCCUUGUCAACUACCAGCAUCCCGAUGACAAAAACCAGGCGUAUUUCCCCAAAUUCGUCGUCGUUUUGGGACUCUCCGUUGCUGCUAUCUCUAUACUUAUGCUCCCCGCUGAUGUGGCCAACCGGCAGGCUUGCCGGCACGCUAUAUAUAACGGUGCUUGUAAUCUCACUUUGCCUAUGAAGGAUCUGUGGCUCGCUAUUUAUAUUAUCGAUGCUGUUCUUGUCUUCUUUGUUAUUCCCUUUGCUAUGUUUUACUACGAAGGCGACCAAGACAAGACUGUUGGCAAGAGGGUUAAAAGUGCGUUGCUGUGGGUGGUAACUACAGCUAUUGUUUGUGGUUUGGUGCUGGGUAUUUUAUACGGUCUUAUCGGAAAAGUAGAUUUUACCGUUAGGCACUUAACUUCUUCGACAACUUCAUUCCCAAGCACCUUCCAGUUAUCUAACGGUCAACCAUGUGUCAACAACGGUCGCCAGUGUUCUGCCUAUGAUGCUAGUCCGUCAUCAGAGACAACAUGGACCAUGCGUUCAACUUUUCCCGAAUACGUCGUUGCUCUAGCCACAAUUGUCGGCUCUGUGCUUUUCGCUAUAUUUGGUGGAGUUGGGAUUGCUUGCCUCCCAUUAGGGCUUAUAUUUUCAUUCAUAAGGCGGCCAAAGGCGGUGAUUACUAGAUCACAGUAUAUUAAGGAAGCAACAGAACUUGGUAAAAAAGCAAGAGAAUUGAAAAAGGCAGCUGAUGCACUUCAUCAAGAAGAAAGAAGUGGUUCAAAAGGAAGGAAAUGGCGUAAAAACAUGAAGGCUCUAGAAAAGGAGUUGCUUCUUUUGGAGGAUGACGUGAAGGCUUUAGAAGAGAUGUACCCUCAAGGCGAAAAGGCAGAGGCCACCUGGGCUAUGACCGUUCUUGGCUAUCUGGCAAAGCUUAUACUUGGAGUUUUUGGGUUGAUCGUUUCAAUCGCUUGGGUUGCACACAUAGUGAUAUAUCUGUUGAUUGACCCUCCACUUUCUUCAUUCUUAAACGAGGUUUUCAUAAAGUUGGAUGAUAUCUGGGGUCUUCUCGGUACCGCAGCCUUUGCAUUCUUCUGCUUCUACCUUCUGCUUGCAGUAAUUGCUGGGGCAAUGAUGCUUGGUUUGCGACUAGUGUUUAUCACCAUCCACCCUAUGAAGUGGGGAGCUACUCUCAUGAACUCUUUCCUGUUCAAUGUCGGUCUCAUUCUUCUUUGCUCCAUCAGUGUGAUUCAGUUCUGCUCAACCGCAUUUGCAUACUAUGCUCAAGCUACAGCGGCUCAAGAAAUUUUUAGUCACACGUUGCAAUCUCUUCGUGGAAUCAAAUACUUAUACAAGUAUAACAUAUUCCAAAUCGCAUUUGUGGCUCUAGCAGGCCUAACCUUUGUGUAUUAUGCGGCUUUUGGAUGGAGAAGAAAAAAACCGAGUGGUAGGUUCCAACUAUCAUCUUGAAGUAAGUGUGCGUUGCGUGUGAGGUUGAACAUUGUAACUAGAGGGGAAGGGAAGGUGGCUGAGUUUUCGUCGUGUUGAAUUGAUUACUGAUUUUUGUCCGACUGUGAUACCAUUUGUAUGUAUUAUCAUCUAUCUUGUGUUUAUGUAAUACUUAAAGCUGACGAAACACGAACAGGAUUGUUGAAUUGGUGGUGAAGUUAAUGACUAUAUUAUUAUUGUUAUUAUUCUU